AUGCUAAAAUCAGAGUUAGAUAUGGCCGACAAAGCAAUAUACGAACGGAUGACUGAAGAAAUUCCGAUAGACUUGGCAGGAGAUGAGGUUUUCAGAAGCUUCCCAAAUGGGUGUGACGAAUACAAAAUAGAAGAAGGAUGUGCCAACAAUUCACCACGGAUAAUUUUAAAGGCAUCAGGAAUAAAAGAGGAGUUUAAAGGAAUAUUUCACUCCUUCGGUGAAGAAGAGAACUACGAUAACCAUGAUGGGAUGUAUCACAGGAAGGACAGUGACCAUCACGAUCGUCACGAUGAGGAAGAUAAAGAUGAAAAGCAUGAGGAUGAACACAAUCGGGAUGAAGACAACAAAUGUUAUCAGAGAAGGAGUUAUUACCCUUCUGCAGCACACGCCAAUGAAGGAAGGGAAGAAUUUGCCUAA